AUGGCGCUUCCCAUGCCCGACCCCACGGUCCCACCCCUCCCAUUAUCUCAGUACAAAGUCCUCUCCUUCGACGUCUACGGCACACUCAUAGAAUAUAAAGCACACAUCCUCAGCUCAUUCCAGCCCUUACUCUCACGUCUGUCCGCAUCGUCACCCUACCUCAACACUACACCAUUAUCAACUACAAUCCCCGACUCUGCGACUGUCGGUUCCGUUGAAUUCCUCAAACUCUUCCAAAAGACCGAAGAUACCAUCAAAUUGGAGAAGCCCGUCAAACGCUUUGACGAGAUUCUCGCUGAAAUCUGGAAACGUAUCGCGAAGGAACUUGACGUCGAGAGCAGCGAAGAUGAAGCUCACGCCUUUGGAAGCGAGGCCGUCAUCGCCAGCUGGCCUGUCUUUCCAGCUACUUCGGAGGCCCUUAGCCAGCUUGGCAAGCACUACAAACUCGUGGCGUUGUCGAAUAUCGAUCGCUAUGCGUGGUCUAUCACAGCAUCGUCACCCGUCAGUCGGCUUGGAGACGUGGACUGGUGGAAAGUGUUUACGGUAGAGGACUUUGGCGACGAUGUCAAGCGCACCGACGAGAUCAAAUUGGAGACUUUGAUUCAUUUCUGUACGGAUCAGGGUAUCAGGAAGGAAGAAAUCCUGCAUGUCGCGCAGUCGCUGGGUCACGAUCAGGCACCGGCCAAGAGGUUGGGGUUGAGUAGUGUCUGGUUGAUUGGAGAUGGACCUCGAUGGGGGAAGGAGGCAGAGAGCAAAAUGGCCCUGGAAAAGAAGUUGGUGGGUUAUGCAUGGAGGUUUCAGAAUUUGAAGGAGUUUUCGGAAGAAGUCGAAAAGGUCAAAGGGCAGUCGCAGUAA